AUGGCCUUCGACCACGCUAGUGGAAGUACGAGGGUCGAGACGGUACUCGGUCUACUCGUCGAAUCCAGUGUGGUUUACUGCGUCUUAUGGGGUGUGCUCACCUUCGUCAUCAUCAGAAAUGACAGGUAUCCGAACACGGUCACUUCGUACGAGAUCAUAGCAGCCAGCUACCAUUACUUUGCCGGCAUAUAUGUGACUCUGGUCAUCCUCGUGCUCGAGCUGCAGAAAAGCUUUGCAAACUCCGUCGACGUCUCGACGAUGGUGUCGCGCGGGAUCUCUUUCGCAGCGGCGCCUGGCCUGCCAGGGAAUGAUUCGGUACUGGAGGAUUCAUACGACUCGUACGAUUCGGGGACGCAACCCUCGGCUACAGUACGUGGGUCAAGUGUCUCUAGCAUGGGCUGCAAGGGCAAGGGACCAGCACGCGAAUAUAUUCAGGACAAGUCGGACGUCCUGGAGUUACGACCAAGAUGUCCAGUGGAUAGGCCUGAAGGCGGACAGCCUGCCGAUGUAUAUGUAGGUAUGGAGAAUUUGGGUAUGUCUAGUGACGUUUCUAGAUGA